AGGCGUAUCCUUGCAUGGCGACAGUCAGCCUCACUCGGAACUUAUUCAGACAGACCGCUCUCCAAUCUCGAUCCUAUUCGUCAGCCCCGACAAUGUCUAACGUCUUCUUUGAGAUCACCCACAACAACAGCCCUCUCGGCCGGGUUGAAUUCAAGCUCUACGAUGAUGUCGUGCCCAAGACGACCAAGAACUUCAGAGAGCUCUGCACGGGCGGCCAAGGCUACGGCUACCAAGGAUCCUCUUUCCACCGCGUGAUCCCCCAGUUCAUGCUUCAGGGUGGUGACUUCACCCGCGGCAACGGCACCGGCGGCAAGUCCAUCUACGGCGAAAAGUUUGCCGAUGAGAACUUCAACCUGAAGCACACCAAGCCCGGUCUCCUCAGCAUGGCCAACGCUGGACCCAACACCAACGGAAGCCAGUUCUUCAUCACCACCGUCGUCACCUCAUGGCUCGAUGGCAAGCACGUCGUCUUCGGCGAAGUUGUCAAGGGCAUGGACGUUGUCAAGAAGAUCGAGACUCUCGGAUCUGGCUCAGGCAAGCCCAAUGGUACAAUCACCAUCGCUAAGAGCGGUACCGUCUAAAGGCGAGAUGAUCGUCCGACGAGCCAUCAUACAACGAUCGAAUGGACAAAAAGUAAGAACGAAACGAAAACUUGACAUGAUUCCGCAUGAGGUUGUAUAGAACAACUGCAAGCUCAUUUCGCGGGACCCGCCC